UGGAAGAAUUCUUGAAUCAGUAACAUCAAUGUUAACAUCUACAUUGAUGAACAACCAGGGAAUCUUGACAAAUGUUCACCUUAAACCAGAUCCUUUGGCUGACCAGCAGAUGACCAAACAAAUUUUACGCUUGAUUCGACAAGCACUGAACUGUAAUCAACUAUUUGUAGGAGCAAAUGAAGCCACUAAAGCUUUAAAUAGAGGUACUGCUGAGUUCGUAGUUUGUGCAGCAGAUGCAGAACCUUUAGCAUUUUUGCUAAAAUUGAUUUUGUUAUGCAAGGACGAAAAUAUACCAUAUAUUUUUAUUGGAUCAAAACAAGCAUUAGGCCGAGCAUGUGGAGUUUCAAGGCCAGUCAUAGCGUGUUCCAUAAGUUCCUUUACCACUGAAGAAAUUUCACAAUUAGAGUCUGAAUUGUUAGAAUUAAUGUAACAAGUUCAGGCUGAAAUUGAGAGACUAUUAGUUUAAUUUUAUACACAUUUUAACAUUUGUCAUACUAAA